AUGCCUUCCCACAUCGAGUCUCUACCAAAUGAGCUAUUCGAGCCCAUAUUACUCGACCUGAGCUUGCUCGACGUCGCACGGCUCAACCAAUCCAGCAAACCCCUCAACAAGUCCUUGGAUGGCUACCUACUCAGGCUCCCAACCGCCACGAGUAGGCUGAUGAGAUGGGGAUGUCAGAAUGGGGAGAGAUGGGCCAUCGAGAAGGCUCUCGCUCACGGUGCUGACAUUACUCUGGUCGAAGUCGGUCCUAUUGUGUCGUCUACCAUCUGCCUCGCCGCGCGACGACAUCAGUAUGAGACCAUCAAGUUUCUCUUGGAGUCGGGUGCGCGAAUCAACCCCGGCGGCGUUGACCAUCGACAAGAGAGGGCCCUAAAAAAGCGGCUGUUUGAGCCUAGAAACCCGAAGCUGCUUCAACUUUUUCUGGAACUUGGGGCAGGAGAUCAAAUACCCAACCUCCAAGAGGGCCUAGACGAUGUACUUCUUAGAUGCGUCAGGCUGGGCCUAGAUCAUGAAAUCUGUCAACAAUGGAUGGACCUGGGAGCCAACCCCGCGAGCUUGCCUGGAAAAACCGACGACCCCCAGUCACCAUUUUCGAUGGCUGUUCUCUCUGGAUCUCUUCCGUUGGCUCAAUUACUCCUCCCCCCAGAUGCGAACCUGGGUGUUCCCAAUGACACUUUGCUAUUUGAACUGCCUCGGUUUGCAUACGCAGAUUUACACCCGUGGCAUUCCAUACCCAUCUUGGCUGCCGCGCGCUCAAUGGCAACAACUGGAAAGACAGACAUGAUGGAGGCACUUCUUGACAUGGGCGGAAACAUCAAUCUCAGCGUCAAAUGUCACCUGUCAGCUUUUGGACUGCCUAAACAUGAUCCGCAUCCAGUAAACCCACUCCUCACAUAUGUGCUGUCGCUGGAUACGAACCAGGAUCUGGGAGCCAUGAAAGUGACUCCUGCUCAAGGGAUCAAGUAUCUUCUCGAAAAGGGCGCCAAGCUCGACAAACCAAGACCAAAAGGAGAUGACUAUAGCCUCUAUAGUCCCCAUAGCUCCGCAGUUAUUCCGCUGAUCAGCCUCCUGUGGGAAAAGCACAAAGGUCUCAAGUGUCUCCUCAACGACGAGAUGUUUGCUGCCUUCAGGGUCCUCAUCGAGAACGGCGGGGCCAAAGAUGCCGUUUCUACCUUUAUUGUGCCGCUUGAUCCCGGCUACUACAGAGGACCUUAUCGUCGUCGUGUGUACGGGCGUCGUCAGACCGGGAAUGGCAAAGACCCUCUUACUGACGACGAGUACCGCGUGCUGAUGGAAAGAUGGGGGGUUCUGCUCGACUUGAUCCUCAGAGAUGAAAACUUUGAGAUAGGCCUAUUAGUGGAGAUCAACGACCUCUUCCUUGACUUUAUCAAAGGUGUAUUCUCGACGACACUGCACCUCACGAUAGACGUGACAGAGGAAUCUCCCACCAACGACUUGUAUGAAUUCAUCGAUGAGAGUCAUCCAACAACCAUACAAAAGCUCGUCGAAAAAGGCGCGAGCCUGGACAGGAAAUCUGCAAUGGGCCCAUCCUACGCCGACGCCCUCAAACGCGGUGGCUCUACCCUCCUCAAGGACAUUUUCGAACAGGCCGAUAUAAGUCGCGACAGCUACUACCUACCACAAUGGCCCCCCUGGGCGCGUCUCGGAAACAACCUCCAAGCGGCGAGGCAGCGCUCAUUCAUCGCCAUGCUGGUAGCGAUGGGUGCGAGGCCGUUCCUCAACACUCCUGAGCCUACGACGCAUUCGCCUCCUGCGUAUAAGAAACUGCGGGCUGCGUUUAUGGGUGAGAUUGUGGAGGCGGAGAAGUUGCUUUGGAAUCCGAGAUGUGAGUUUUUGUGGGAUGGGUCUUGGGAAGAGAGUGACACGGAUAUGAAUGAUGGAUGA